AUGAAUAGAUGUUUUCAUGAUUUAUUGCGCGUAGCUACUGUUGCUUCAAGGGCAUUUAUUAGCCAUAUGCUAUGUAAAUGGUCCCACCAAAAUGCAACAUACAAGCAGCGACAUUGUUUAGAAUCAUGGUAUCAUUCUCGAUUAUGGGCACUUAAAAUUUUCGAUUCAUGGGGACGUCUUCCAGCUGGUUUCUAUUCAACGGGUCCAUUUUUCUGGUUGGGAGCAUAUGAUCAAUGUUUAGCAAUCGAAAAUGAUGGAAGGAAUCAAUCAUGGUUCACUAUAAUGUGCUUUACUCUAUUACUCACAUUGUUUUUUUUUGGAACUAUUUUACGUUUUCGUUCCCAUCAACAAAGAAAUGUUUAUUACGUUGAGGAAGAUCAUCAGCAGGAAUCUCAAAUUCAUACCGAAUAUUACUUGACAAAUGUCAGUUAUGAAUGUAACUGGAGAAAUACGUCUAUUUCUCAGGCUUCCUCAUAUGCUAUAACAUACAAAAGUAUGGUAGCACUUCAGCGGACAAUCAAAAAGAAUUCGUUAUUUACGCAUAUUAUUGAAGCUUUUGGUUUAUUUUCGACUUUACAUUAUCUUUUCCGCCCAAGUCAUCAUCAUCUGCGUUCAAUCCAUGGGAUUCGUGCUUUCAGCACUCUUUGGGUCGGUGAAAUUUCAUAUCUACAGUGGAAAAAUAUUUUUUACCGAUCGAAGGAUUUUUUGAGUGCUAUACAUUUCACUUAG